AUCCACUCCACUAUUCCCCACCAUUGCUGCAACAGUGCCUCCUCACUGCUUUCUAAAUCCAACUCUUCCCCCUCACCUCACUCUCCUUUCUCUGCGCUCACCAUCCCUCUCUCUGCAACCCCAAAUUUCAUCCCUCUCCGGAAAAAAUCAUCCAAUGUUUGCAGAGACAGUUUCCGUCAUGGUGCCCUCUUCGAUCUUGGCAGCCAUGAACAGCUGGCUCACUCCCACUGUCUUCUUCGUUAUCCUCAAUGUUGUCAUCGCCACCAUAGCCUUGACCUCCUCCAUAGCCAACCAAACGUCGCAGACCCAUCCCCAGACGACCCCCAAGCUUUCCAAAUCCCCCUCUGUUCUUCAGCGUCUUAGAUCCAUCAACUUACCCACUUUCAGAUCUCAGGAACCCGUUCCCAAAUCGAACCCGGAUUCUGACAUCCCUUCCAUUCUCGAUUCGGCUCUCAAUCCGCAUCUCCUUGAUUUCCAUAUGCAUCACGAUUAUUACCAGGUCUCUCAAGAAACCCAGUCCACCCAUUACAUUUUCCGCCAGGAUUACCUUCAGGAAAACGAGACCCAAAUCGCUCCGCGUCAGGAAAAUGUUGAGCAGAAUUUGACUGAUGAUGAGAAAACUGGGGAAAUCCGGGCCCAUUUUGAUUUUCAGGUAGCCCGCGAAGACGAAGACAAGCCGGACGAAUUGUACGGGAAUUACGGCGAGUCAACGGAUCGGCAGAUGAGCAAGAGCGAGUCAGACUCGAAGCCAUCGGCGGUGGAGAUCCCUGACAGGGCUCCGGUGAAGAUGACAAAGUCGCCCAGCAUGAAGGAGUCUUAUAAGAGCUUUGAGGAGGAAGAGCAGGAGGAGACGGAAGCUCGCCGGCCGGCGACGACGAGGGAGAAAUUGACGACGGUGGGUGAUGAAGAGGUUGACGCAAAAGCCGACGAUUUCAUCAACAAGUUCCGGCAGCAGCUGGAGCUGCAGAGGAUGGACUCCAUUCUCAGGUACAAGGGAACGAUUCGUAGAGGGACUGAAAUCUAAACAAUUAGCAUUGUAGGGGUCGUUUUAUAAUUGUUCUUUUUGUUGGGACUCUUGUAAGAAACCCGAAAAGUUGCUCACUUUGACGGUUCACCCAAUCUUGUCCUUGAAAAUUUGAAAAUCAUCGUGUUCGUCGGCGGGCAUUUUGGACAUUUCCGACUCUGAUGGCCUUCCACGACGGAUACGUUACGGAGUAUUCCCCUCUAAUAAUUGUUAUGAAUUGGGUAAUGUAUAAACUUUGACGUAUUGAUCUCUGUCUAUUAGUUCGAAAAAUUACAGUUAUAAUUAUAAUUUUCUGAUUAAUGAUAUCAAUUUGAUCUUCAAAACC